AUUCUCUAAAUCCAUUUUUGUUUUUCCUCAAAGCUGCCGUGGUUGCUGCUUCAAAGAAUCUGGGAUCAUCUUCAAGAUUACGUUAUAUCGGAUUCAGAAGCUUGUUACUGUGGUUCGCAAAAUAGUGCCUUCGAGUGAGAUAGAGGAAGGAGAAUGGAAAGAAGUCUCUUAGAGAAAAACACAGACUUGGAGCACGAAGAGGAUCAUCUACCUAUAACAUGGCGUGUGUUUUCAAAAGAAGUGAAAGCAGUUUGCUCUGUGGCAGGCCCUAUGGUGGCUGUGAAUUCUUCAACCUUCUUUCUGCAAACCAUCGCUUUGAUGAUGGUGGGUCACUUGGGAAAACUUGCUCAAUCUAGCACUGGUGUUGCCAUUUCACUUUGUGCUGUCACUGGCUUUAGUGUCAUAUUUGGAUUGGCUUCUGCACUUGAAACGUUAUGUGGUCAAGCCUACGGAGCAAAGCAAUAUAAGAAGUUUGGUGUUCAAAUUCAAACUGGCAUCUUCUGUCUUAUUCUAUGUUGUCUUCCUCUCUGUGUCUUAUGGCUUAACUUGGGGAAGCUACUGGUUUUACUUGGUCAAGACCCUUUAAUUGCAAAUGAAGCAGGCGAAUUUGCAGUUUGUUUGAUUCCUGCCCUCUUUGGGUAUGCAAUACUUCAAGCACUAGUUCGAUACUAUCUUAUGCAGAGCUUGAUCUCUCCUCUUGUUCUCUCUUCUUCAUUUAUCAUAUGCUUCCACGUAGCUUGCUGUUGGGCAUUAGUUUUUAAAUCAGGAAUGGGUCGCUUUGGAGGAGCUUUUGCCAUUGGUAUUUCAUACUGGUUGAAUGUGAUCUUACUUGCUUUGUAUAUGAAAUUCUCUGAUUCUUGUGCAAAGACUCGGGUUCCAAUUUCCAUGGAGCUUUUCCAAGGCCUUGGAGAGUUCUUUCGCUUUGCUAUUCCCUCGGCUAUAAUGGCUUGCCUCCAAUGGUGGUCAUAUGAGGUGACUACACUGCUCGCUGGUCUUUUACGUCCAAACCCAGAGCUUGAAACUUCAAUUUUAGCCGUGUGUGUUUCAAUGAAUGUUACAAUCUAUUCGAUACCAGAAUCAAUUGGUUCAGCAGCAAGUGCGAGAGUUUCAAAUGCAUUAGGAGCGGGAAGUCCACAGGUGGCAAGAUUGUCUGCCUUGUGUUCGAGGAUUCUGGCAACCUGUGAGGCUCUUAUAGUGAGCUCAAUCAUUUUUGCAAGUCGGAAUGUUUUAGGUCAUGUUUUUAGCAAUGAGGCAGAUGUGAUCCACUAUGUCACAGACAUUGCUCCUCUUUUAGUUUUGUCUUCUUUUAUGGACUCCUUACAAGGCACCCUUACAGGGAUUGCCAGGGGAAGUGGGUGGCAGCAUAUAGGGGCAUAUGUGAAUUUCGGAGCUUAUUAUGUUAUUGGCAUUCCACUAGCUGCAAUCUUGGGUUUCUGGUUAGACAUGAGAGCAAAAGGCCUUUGGCUUGGAAUAACGACUGGUACAAUCUGCCAAGUGAUUGUGCUAAUGAUCAUAUUAAGUUGUACAGAUUGGAUGAAAGAGGUUUGUUCUUCACUACUUUUUAAAAUACCUCUCCAAUAA